CAAUGUCGCCAUGGUCCCAAAUUCACCCCAGCUGCCUUCUCGUCACAGUGGAUCAACCACAGCUGGGAGUCAUUAAGGGAAACCGAUAUAAGCAGCGUCGGGACAACCAAGGGUGAGCUUCAUUCUACCAAUGACUCCCGAGCUAACCUCUGUGUCUCUCUCUCUCUCCCAGCGGACUCAAGCAGCUAACUUGCUGAACCACCGACCAACCCAUCACGGCCCCACUCUCUAUCCCCGGAGCACCUGCACGCUUCCUGGCCAGAAGAGCACCUUUACACCCCUAUCCACUGCACAUUAUACCUGUAAAUAAAUCACCCUCCGGGGAAAAGUCUGUACUACAACCCUCUGUGUGAGUGUUUUCCCUCUAACUCGCCACAACUGGUGGAGAAUGCGGGCAGAAAUAGAGUGGAAUUAAAACACAAACAGACUUACCCGGUGAAAAAAAAAAAAAACCCUGCUGUUCUGACUGUUCCAUUGUGUGUUACAGACGAGGCAUCCGCUCUCUCUCUCUCUUCCUCGGGUGCUUUCCCGGAGACAGCAUGUCCAUGGAGGAGGUCAUACGCCACCUAGCGGAAGUCACAACUAGACAGCAGAAAAUCUCGGAGCAGCUUGCCGCAAGACAAGAAAGACUGGAACAUCAGCUCCUCCAGGCGGCGGGACGGGUACCCCUCCCUGAGGUGAAGAUAAAUGCACACCAACAUUUAACCAAACUCAGCGACCUGGACGAUAUUGAUGCCUACCUUCACACUUUUGAGGUAAUCGCAGAGAGAGAAAAAUGGCCAGAAGAAGAAUGGGCGAAGCUAUUAGCCCCAUUUCUGACCGGUGAAGCUCAACGAGCAUAUUAUUCCCUAGAAGCCCCAAAGAAUGAUGAUUAUGGAGCGUUAAAAAAGGAGAUUUUGGCCAGAGUGGGGCUCUCUGCGAUUAGUGCAGCCCAGCAAUUUGCCAUCUGGACAUAUGAUGAGAAAACUCCGGUGCGCACCCAAGCUGCCCAGCUUUCACGUCUCGGCCGACUCUGGCUAUUAGGGGGGGACCCCUCCGGCGUCCAGGUCGCUGAGAAAGUGGUUGUUGAAAAAUUGUUACGAGCAUUACCCAGACGGUUACGCGGACUCACCAGUAUGAGAAAUCCGGGAUCUUUAGCCGCUUUGGUGGAAGCUGUGGAGCUGGCUGAGGCUCUUGUAGCCCGCGAUGCUGGAGAGAGAGCGGCUCUGCCACCCCGAAAGGCACAUCCACCAUGGCGACUCGUGGAGGGCACAUCAAGACCAGUUAGCAGACCGGCGGUCCCCAGCCCUUUGGAUGAGCCGAUGCCCACGGAGCCACCAGUGCACUCGACCCCGGCCUGGCUCGCAGGAUGUGUUGUACAUCGUACCAUCCCCCCCGAGGCCCCCUCCCGAAAAGUCUCUCUUGAUGGGAAGAUGCAAACAGCCACAUUGGAUACGGGGAGCGCCAUCACACUGGUACAUCCUGGGGUAAUUAGACGAAGAGGAGAAAGCAAAGCCCGAAUACCAAUAACUUGUGUACAUGGGGAUACACGCUAUGUACAAGCACAGAGGGUUACGAUUGCAGCUAAGCUAGGUAGCUGGCCCGUUGAAGUGGGGGUGGUUCCAGAUCUCCCUGUACCCCUCCUCCUGGGCCGAGACUGGCCGGGGUUCGACGAGCUCCUAGCACUGCAUAAUACUCCAACGGGGCAUCCUAGAAGACAACCAAAGGCUCGGGCCCGGCGGGACCGCCAGCCAGCAUUACUGGCCACCGAAAGCGACAAAGGGGCGGACUCAAGCAGCUAACUUGCUGAACCACCGACCAACCCAUCACGGCCCCACUCUCUAUCCCCGGAGCACCUGCACGCUUCCUGGCCAGAAGAGCACCUUUACACCCCUAUCCACUGCACAUUAUACCUGUAAAUAAAUCACCCUCCGGGGAAAAGUCUGUACUACAACCCUCUGUGUGAGUGUUUUCCCUCUA